AUGACGACGCUGACAGACUCACAGACACUCCUCGCAUUCAAGGCGGGCCGCUCGUUCCGCCGUGGAAACACGUCCUUUGUCGAUGCAAACCCCACCAAAGGCGCUGUCGUCCUGUCGAAUGGCGACGACGGGCUCCUCCAUCUCUUGUGGAAAGAAAGACCGAGCGCGACCGUGCGGGAGGACCUGAUAUUGUUCCCUGGAGACGCGACAAUGGAAAGGGUCACCCAGGAGAGGAGUGGGAGGACGUUUGUGCUGAGGUUCGAGAGCUCAGAUCAAAAACACUUUUUCUGGAUGCAGAACGCAUCUGAUGCACGAGAUGACGAACUCGUCGGAAACUUGAAUAGAUUCCUCGCCGAUCCAACGGCUGUCCCUAUCUGGAACGCUAGUGGUAGCUCGGCAUCGCAGCAGGCGUCGUCCUCCUCUGACCCCGCUGGAGCGGCUGCACCACCUGCCGGACUCGCAACUGCCGAACAACUCUCGCGCUUACGUGCCCUUGUCACGUCCAUGGGUGCAUCGUCUACAACAGCUGCAAACGCGGGGCCCAACGACGACAUCUCCCUCACCGAUAUCCUAACCCCCAAGGUCAUUCUUCCCUUGAUUACAUCUCACCCAUCACUUCUGCCGUUGCUGUUCCAACAUCUUCCACCUGAAUUCAUAUCCCUUAUGCCUCCUCCACUCCCACAGCCUGGAGACGAGGGCGACGAGCAACCCCUCCGGCGCACGAUUCAUUCCAACCCAUUCCGUGAGGGCGUUGCCCAACUGGAUCGGGUGUUGAGGAUGGGCAUGGGAGCGGCGUUGGUGAGAAGUUUGGGCUUAAGGGCUGAGGCCGGGACAAGUGUUAGCGCGUUUUUGCAGGCAGUGAGUGAGCAGGGCAAGGUAGAAGCAGAGGGAGAUAUCAUGGAUCAAGAUUGA